AUGUACCCAUUCCAGGAGAAGCCCUGUGAACGUGGAGGUGACGGUAUUACAAUUCUGAGUAGUUGUAAUGGUUUGAUUUGCGCAUCCCAUGCUGGUUAUAUUUUUGACGUCUGGAAUCCAUGUACCGGAGAGUAUAGAGUAAUAAGAUCGCCGUUUGAGUUUGAGAACCGAUGUUUGGGGUUUGUCUAUGAUUUCAAAGCUUGUGAUUACAUGUUUGUUUCGAUUUACUGUCAACCACGUACGGAUGUUUCUCAAGUUGAGAUAAACACUUUAGGUUCUGAUUCAUGGGAAAACUAUUAUUCUUACAAUCCUUAUCAAAUUAGCGGCGUAAAGCAUGGGGUGGUUCUAAAUGGAGCUGUCCACUGGUUUGCAAAGUUUCGUACAAGUAAGGAGUGGAAACCACCACAACUCUUAAUUUCUAUGGAUAUGGAAGAAAUACCACAACCUGAAUAUAUGGACGAUUUCGGUUACAAAUUUGUUGAGAGGUCGCCUUUGCUAGCUUUGUAG